AUGCAAGCCAUCACCGCAUCCACGCUGCCCCAGCAGUACAGCGCUGGGGCCGGGGAGAAAAAGGCGCUCGUGGCCAUGACAUCCGCGGACUGGAUGACCAUGUACGAACAGAAGCCGCAUGGAAACAGUACCCUCUUCGAGCUGGAGGCAAUGGUGGCCAAGCGGAUGGAGCUUCUCGCAUGGAUAGACCAGCGGAUGAACUCGCCGCAGGCAAAGAGCUUCGAAUCGGUGCUCGAUACGAUCAUCGCGCGCCUGCCAGAAGAGCGGCGCUCAAGCACGGCAACAGAUGCGUCGCGGGGUAAGAUGGUUUCGCUAGGCUACGACGAGACAGCCUCCGGCAGUGGCUCAGGUAGGCGCUCCUCCUCACGUGGAUCCACUGGAGGCGCCGCUGGCUCCAGCCAAGCUGCGAGCAUUGUGUUCGCGCCGGAGGAGGACGUCACAUCGCACCUGCUUUGCCGAUUCGCCUUCUGCAUGAGUGAGCGGUGGCGAGACUGGCUAGUACGGACGGAGCGGGUGCUGCUGAUGGCCCGCAUCAAGAUGGAGGUGGCGAAGAACCCCUUAACGUUUUUAGUUGACCUGAUGAAACACAACGGGCUUCCAUGCGCGCCGCUGUCGGAUGUGCAGCUAGCGGACCCGCUGCUGCAGGAAUACCUCGAGUACCGCCGCGUAAAGGCAGACAGUGCACGCGAGUCGGAGGGGCGGGCAGAGAACUACUAUGCCGUCCCUCUCUCCCUGGCAACACGCCUAAUCAAGAAGCGCCACGUGCUGUGCCGCGCUGGUCAAGCUAUCCUCUUCCGAGACCAGGUGCAAGAGGUGUUCCUGGCGGUCUUCUGUGCCCGCCUAAAUCGCGGCCUGCACAGUGCCUACCUUGCUCGUGUCAAGCAGCAGGCGCUUGAGGAAGAGACCGCCAAGUCCACGGUUAUGGCGAUGCUCGACGCCUUCCUGCAGCAGUUCGUCUCCGACCCAGUGGACAGCCUGCAGGAGGGCGUCGCUGGAACUGUGAGAGCCGGAGAUGUGCAGCAGCUGGCGCAGACACACUUUCCGCCUUGCAUGCGUGCAGUUGACUCACACUUGCGCCGCGAGGGGCACCUGAAGCACCACGGCCGCUUCACGUAUGGACUGUUUCUCAAAGCCAUCGGUCUUUCUCUCGAGGACUCGCUGGAACUGUUCGCCACACUCAUGAAGGUCAAGGGCGGCGGCUCUGUCGAGGCCUUCUCGAAGACGGCGUACGGGUACAAUGUGCGACACAACUACGGCAUGGAGGGCAAGAAGACGAGCUACAGCUCCGCCUCCUGCGCGACGAUCCUCGGCCUGCCACCAGUGGUGGACCAACACGACUGUCACGGCUGCCCAUUUCGGUUCCGCGACGAGGGUGCCCUGCGGACGAUGCUGGGGAAGGAAACCCCAAAUCCGAAGGGGCGCACCUACCCGAGCGUGCGGCCCGCCCCAGGAGACAUCGAAGAUAUCGUCUCCGACUGCAAGUCCCAGCACUACACACGCGCCUGCUACAAGUACUUCAUGGCCAUCCACCCCGACGCCCGCCGUGACACGCUCUUCCGGUCGCCAUACGAGUACUUCAGUGUGAGCCUUGAGUUCGAGACGCCGAGCGACGGCACGGAGUCAGCGAGGUCUUCUGCAGGCCCCGGCAAGCGGACGUCCAUGGGGCUUUACGAGGACGCCGUACGCCCUCGUACGUCUCCAUAG